GGGGGACUGAGUGAGUAUCUGAGUUUGUGCGGUGGUGUGUUGCUUUGCCUGGGAGUGAGCACCAGACAGUCCCUCAGUCAGUGUGUGGGCUCGGCGUGGGGAGGAAGUGCUCUCCUUCAGACAACCAUCACUUUGUUGAGCUCUGUGGAACAAUUUACAUCGUGUUCCUGAGGUUCUUGUCCACAUCCCGUGGCUGAGCAAGACUGAUUGGCUGUAAUGAACUGACAGGGCUGCACGAGUGACCACUACGCCUGAGAGUGACAGCACUCGCCACCCCUGCCUCCCUAUACACCCCGUGAUACUUGAACCAGCAGAACACCACCACCUGACAUACACGUGCUUACUGCUGCAAAAAAAAAGACACCACCACUUGCAUUACCUUGAUUGAUUAACACUGUUCACCUGCUGAUUCAAAAUGGGAGUCAAGCUUCUUCACCCACGCAGACGAAGCUUAAUCUUCAAAAUGCUUAUGUUCUGUACCUUCCUUGGCUUCGUGGGACUGUGGUACAAAAAUGACGAGCCAGGGAUCGAUACCCCGGCCGAACUCGAGCCACGGAAGGACUCCCAGCAGGAUUCCCUCAACCUUAUACAGGAUUCUGAUAAGGCGAAAUUCCACGGCCACACCGAUAAGCCUGACCACCUGCCGGGGCCCAUCCUGGAGGUCAGCAAUAGGAUAGAGCAAGGGGAGGCUGCGGGGAUUCCUGCGCCGGUACUGCAAAACAUCCUGCCUCCUAAACCUCCUAAUUUGCCAAGCCCUCAGGAUGCCGCGGAGAGGAUGAGGGCGGAGAUGUGGUUCCUGGAGGAUGAGAGGAAGGUGGUGCGGGGCAUGGGUGAGGGAGGAAAGUUGGUGAAACUGAGUGGUGAGGAAGGGAAGCUGGCUGAAGAAGUAAUGAAGAAGGAAGCGUUUAAUCUUAUCCUCAGUGAUAAGAUUUCUGUCAAUCGCACCGUGCCGGACUCAAGAGAUCCACUAUGUAAGACUCUUCACUAUGACCAGGACCUGCCCACAGCCUCCGUCAUCAUUAUCUUCACCAACGAGGCGUGGAGUCCGCUGAUCAGAACCAUAUGGUCAGUCAUCAACCGCUCGCCGCCUCGCUUCCUCAAAGAGAUCGUCCUCGUUGAUGACUUCUCAGACAGAGCUGAGCUCGGGGAGAAGCUGGACCUGUAUCUCAAGUACCGUCUGCCGCCCCUGGUGAAGAUGGUGAGACUGAAGGAGAGGCAUGGCUUGAUCCGGGCGAGGCUGGCUGGGGCGAGGGAAGCUGUGGGGGACGUGCUCAUCUUCCUGGACUCUCACUGUGAAGCCAACGAGAUGUGGAUGGAGCCUUUGCUUCAAAGAAUAAAGGAAAGCCGCUCUGCUGUUCUGGUUCCCAUCAUAGAUGUUAUUGAUGACUCCACUUUGGAGUAUUACCACGGCAAUGGGAGAUACUUUCAGGUGGGUGGAUUCACCUGGAGUGGUCACUUCACCUGGAUUGAAAUCAGUGACAAGGAGCAGCGGCGGAGAGGCAGCCCCGUUGGUCCGACCAGGUCACCCACAAUGGCUGGUGGUCUGUUUGCUAUUGAGCGUAACUACUUUUGGGAAAUUGGCAGCUAUGAUGACGGCAUGGAUGUGUGGGGUGGUGAGAAUCUGGAAAUGUCCUUCAGGGUGUGGAUGUGUGGAGGUACACUGGAGACCAUUCCGUGUUCCCGAGUGGGGCACAUCUUCCGUUCCUUCCACCCCUACACUUUCCCAGGCAACAAGGACACACACGGCCUCAAUACGGCUCGUAUGGCUGAGGCCUGGAUGGAUGACUACAAGCGGCUCUUCUACCUCUACCGACCAGAGCUUCAGCAAGCAGACUAUGGAGAUGUGAGUGAGAGAAGAGAGUUGAGGAACCGUCUGCAGUGCAAGAGCUUCAAGUGGUACCUGGACAACAUAUACCCACAGAAGUUCAUCCUGGACGAGGACUCUGUGGCUUUUGGCCGGGUGCAAAACUUUGCCAGGGAUAUUUGUCUAGAUACUCUCGAACGUGAGGACCUAGACAACAAGGAGUACACCCUGGGAUUGUAUUCUUGCCAGCUUGCACCCCUCCACAAUGAGUUUAUGUCACUAUCCAAGAAUGGUGAGCUGCGGCGGGAGGAAGUGUGUGCCGAGGUGCCACCCACCCCUGGGGUAACCACUCAGAGGGUGCGCAUGGUUCGCUGCCAUGGUCGCCGGGGGAACCAGGAGUGGUACCUCACACAGACGGGCCACGUGGUGCACAAGCCCAGCAACAAGUGCCUGGACCGCGCCUACAAGCAGUCCAUGGAUGACGUGUUUGUGGCAGACUGUGCCAACUCCAUCACUCAGCAGUGGUGGUUUGACCACUACAACUCCCUGUGAGGUCCAAGCUGCCGUCCUGGUGAAGAGAGCCUGCACUGUGAGAUGUAGGAUGCCGAGGGAAGAGGGAAUCACACGCUGGUGCUGUGAGGGGAGAAUGUGGGAGCAGCAGUAGUUCAGUGGGCAACUAGUCAAGGAGGACGUGAGAGGUGUUGUGGUACCCACUAUAUCUAUCUGUGUUCCAAGUUCCUACUGUGCUAACUGAACCAAUCACAAGAUACGGACGAAAUGUCUGCCUUAUAUACAUACAUAUGUUAAUAGUAAUUACACAUACAUAAGACUGUAUUCUUUCCUAUGGACUUAAUGAUUGUGUGAAAGUGUUAUCCAAGAGUCUGCAUGGAGAAGUUGAUGAAAAUUUUAAAAUUUGUCAGGGUUAUAUAUGAAAAAGAUUUAUGAGCAUGAAUAAUUUGUCAAUAAAUGUGUGGUAUUUCUUAGGAUUCAGAAAAUGAGGUGCAUACAGUAUCAGUGAAUGCUAAAACAUAAUCCAUGGAGAAUGUGAUAUACCUGAGAAGAGAUGAAUGAACUUGAAGAACUUAUCAAAAGAAGAAAUUUGAAUUUAUGUGAGAAAUGCUUGAAUUUGUAAAAUGACAUCCAUAUCAAUGAAUGCAUGAAUAGAUUACAGGGGUUAUAAUGCAAGUUUUAUUGUACAUAAAUAUAUUUUUAUAUUUGCCAUAGGAAAAUAUAGUCUUAUAAAGAGAAAACAUCAACAAUAUGCUUUGUUUUCUGUGCAUCAUCCAUUCAUGAUAUGUUUUGGGUGUGAACUGCACAGGAAAUGUUAUAGAAACACAACAUGGUUAUUGAUGCAUUUCAGGAUGAUUUCAUGCAGUCUGUUAAGUGCAGUAGUAACACAGAAGGGAAAGUUGUGGAGGAGGAAGUAAUGAAGUAACUAUAUCUCUCUCACACACAGAAAAGGAACAUUAUUGUGUUAUGCAAAGCACUGGUUAAAGAAGGGAAAGGUUUGGAGGAAAAGAAGGAAACCAUCAAAUUUCUUUCACUGGUAAUGAAUAAAAGUAUUUAUGAUGUUAUCUGAUAACUUGUUAGCAUCUUUAUAUCAUAAAUGCACAUAUAACUUUUACAAAGCUUUAUUUUCAAAUUUCAUUUUAACCUGGGGAAAAGCUAACAUGUGGCUCCUUGGUAUAGUAGCAUACUCACAGCUUGGCCCUGAUUUUUUGGCAGUGUCUUAGUAAGGAGAAGUAAUGCUUUCAGAACUUUAGCUGUCCCCAUAACUUGCUACUAGAACAUUUCACAUUGAGUCCUGCAACACUGUCAUUACAUGUACUUUGAAAUUCACACACACAUACACACACAUGUACACAUCCUCCCUCCACUUAGCAUCACAACAUACAACAGCCUCACUGCAGCAGAUCAGGGAAGUUCAUAUCACUGGUGUUUGCUCAAGACCUCUUCUUUGCCCUGUGUGGUGGUGAUAGUGGUGGUGGUGAUGGUAUGGUGUAGUGUGAUGUGCUGAUUGGACCAAACACUCCCCAGUGGUGAAGGCUAAACAGCCAUGUGUUAUUUAUUAACUUUAAAUGAUUAUGUAUGUGACUCAGUACUGAUUCAUACAACAAAAUUGUGUGUAUUCUGUAGAUAAUUAUAGAAUGUAAACUUGCCACAGGAAACUAAAAUCUUAAUGGGCUUCUUGUUUUUUGCACAAAAAAAUAAUUCUUAGCAGAAUGAAUAUGAGCAAUGAAUAACAGAACCAAAAAUCUAAAAAAAAACAUCACUAACAUUACAUUACUCUAAAGUCAUAACCCAUCAUCUUAUCUCAUUUUGAAUAUAUCCAUUCAUAUUGAGAAAUUAUUACAACAAGGUGCUCAACUGUAUUCUAAAUUCAAAAUGAAAAUUUAUGUAAUGAAAAUUUCAGUUACAGUACAGAAAAAAAAAAGUUUGGUUUAAAUCACAAAUAUAAACUAAUCAGAAUAGUAUUUCAAUGUAUAUUUGUGAUUAUGUAUUAAGGUGAGUGUCUCUGGUAAGCUAGAUUUGUUGAAGGAGAGGAGACAAAGACUUGAUGAAUUGUAAUCUGCCACCUCUUCUUCCCUUCCAGUCCUGUGUUGGGAGGAAGGAAGUUUAUAUCAAUUGGAGAACUUCUUAUUUUUUAUUGGUUGUAAAACUGCUUGAAAUAGUACUGUACAUAUGAGUAUAGUUUUGUAGUAAGAUUUAUAUAUGUAAAUAUAUUUAUAUGUGAAUAACAAAAAAAAAAAAAAAAAAAAAUAGGUUGAUUUAAACCAGGUUAUGAGUAUCAUAUCACAUUUUAGAACAGAACUAGAAUAAAUUUUGUUGAAGGGUUAAUUAUACAUUGAUAAAGUAUUUUUUGGUUUGUAAUGUUAUUUUUUGUACAGUGAGUUCAGAUUGCUAAAUCUCUGAUGGCAGGUUGUAAAUAAUGCAGAUCAUAUUGUAUCACAUUCUGUGGAGAAAAAAAAAGCUUGAACAAAAUUGGCUGAGAAUUAUACAGUAAUAAACUAUAAAUGGUUGAUAUUAUUUUUUGUAUGAAGUCAGAUUGUUUUAGCUGUGAUGGCAAACUGUGAAUGAAAGCAAUGAAAGCUUGGACUUUUGCUUGGUUCAGAUCAAGCCUUUGUAAUUCAUUCAUAUUUAUUUAGGUAACAAGACUGCCUUGCCUAUGUGUAUGUGUGGCUGGCAGGUCUGUGCUCAUUUUGUUAUGGUCAGUAAGCAGGAGAUAACACAAGGAACGGGUGUUAGGUGUAGAUAGAUAGAUAGAUACAUCACAAGGACAGUAUUAGAGAUGGCUUUGUGUUGAUGUGAGAGUGUGAGUGUGUGUACCUAUUUGUAACCUAUUCAUUCCAUCCACUACCUUGUUUACUGUGUUAUCUCACUUGUGUUAGUAUGGUGAUGAUGAUGAUGAUGAUGAUUUGUACUGGAGAGAAUGGUGGUGUGUGUGUGUGUGUGUGUGUGUGUGUGUGUGUGUAAGCAUGGUGAUGAUGAAUGUAAUGUGCUUUAAGAAAAACUGAUGUGUGUGUGUGUGUGUUCAUUGUACUUAGUGGAUGUGUUUGGAUGAAAAUCAAUGUUUCAAAGGAUGGGUGUGAGUCAGGGCAGUGUCAUAUGAUGUGAUAAAGUCCAGAAUGUUAUUACUGAACUUACAAUGACUCAAAGCACUGUUGGUGGUAAAUGUUUCUCCAACCAUUAAGGUUUCUUUGAAUCACCCAAUACCAACUAAAUACAAGAUUGUUCUAAGGUAACUGACAUUAUGUUUUUUGCUUAUUCUGUGAAUAUGUAAAGAUCCAGACUCAUUUAUAAUCAACAUCAUAUUGUUUAGUUGUGAUUUUUUGCCCUGUAUCAGGAAGCCACUUGUGCUGUCCAAGAAACCAAGAGACCACAGACCAUUUGCGGUGAUAAUGGUCAAGAGAGAGAGAGAGAGAGAGAGAGAGUGAGUGAGUGUUGUUUAUGCUUUUAUAAUUACUAUGUUUUUAUUUGGCAAUGAGUGAGGUUGUUUUGCAUUGCCACGGUAUUUUUUGAUAUAUAUUAUAUCUGUGUGUGGCAAUGGAAGGGUGAAGGAAACAGAGGAUUAAUUGUACUUAAUUUAACACGUUUUUUGUACUGUUUCUCGGCAAACUGGUUGUAUAUGUGAGAAUGAAGCACUUCUUUAAU